AUGGCGGUGAAAUUAGAUAUGAGUAAAGCAUAUGACAGGGUGGAGUGGAAUUUUCUUGAAGCUAUUAUGUGUCGAAUGGGGUUUGCUACUAAAUGGAUUCAUCUCAUGAGAAUGUGUGUGACCACGGUCUCUUAUGCGGUUGUUAUCAAUGGAAGCCCCUGUGGCCAUAUUAUUCCGAAGAGGGGACUACGACAGGGUGACACGAUUUCCCCAUAUUUGUUCCUUAUCUGUGCAGAAGCUCUAAGUGCUCUACUGUCUACAGGAACUGAAGUGGGGUUAUUGACGGGUGUCCCUACAUCUAGACGGGGCUCGCGGCUAAGCCACCUCUUUUUUGCAGAUGAUAGUUUGCUUUUUUGCAGGGCCACUAUUGAACAAUGGAACUGUCUGACAAAUGCACUUAAGGCUUAUGAGGACGCUUUGGGUCAACGUCUCAAUAAUGUUAAGACGUCCAUUUAUUUCAGUAAAAAUACAUCUCUGGUGGAUAGAGAAGCGAUUCUUGCAGCUUCGGGUAUCCCUGCUUCCCAAUCUAUUGAUGCCUAUUUGGGUCUCCCUUCCAUGGUUGGUAAAUCUCGUACGACGGCUUUUAGAGGUGUUAUUGACAAAGUUUGGAAGCGCCUACAAGAUUGGAAGAUCAAAUUCCUCUCCCGAGUGGGUAAGGAAAUUCUACUUAAGGCAGUAAUUCAAGCAAUUCCGUUGUAUUGUAUGAGUGUCUUCUUGUUUCCAAAAGGGCUUUGUAGGGAGAUAAAUUCAUUAAUGAAGAAAUUUUGGUGGGGAAAUCAAGCUAAUGGGUCUCGGGUGCAUUGGAUGAAUUGGGAAACUAUGGGGCGUUCCAAGAAUUCUGGAGGUAUGGGUUUUCGGGAUUUUCAUAGUUUUAACAAAGCCCUUCUAGCAAAACAAUGUUGGAGGCUUUGGCAAUACCCAGAAAGCCUAAUUGGGCAAAUUAUGAAGGCAAAGUAUUUCCCGAAUACUACUAUACUUGAUGCCCAAUUGGCGGAUUUGAUUGAGGAGAAACGCAGUAGUGCAUGGGGGUGCUCUUACUCACCCGUCAGUGUUGCUGCGUCUGACCACUACUGCUCUCACCGAAUUUCACACUGCUACUGCUACGAGUGGACGAAAUCCGAUCUGUCUGGUGGAACAGGCUCCACGCUGGUUGGCUCCACAGGCUGGGUGGUUGAAGCUUAA